CCUUCAUCAAUCCAGAGACGAAAAAAAUGGCGCUAUUCUUGACUGUGGUUGCCGAUUACUCUCGUAUUUUGCUGAGAAUUAAAAAAAAAAAAAAUCCCGUGGGUUUGUGACUGAAAAGUUGAUAUCGCUGUUCUCCCAGAUAAUUCCCUGUCUAUGCACGUGCUUGUCAUAAUUUUAUAACCACAACUUGAGGGAAUAAUAGACCCGUAACACGUUCAUUUCCUGUUUCGGCGAUAGUCUGAGUAGGAAUUAUGAAGGUGGAUUUCUCGGCCGUGAUGUCGCCUUGACAGUAGGACCCCAUCUUGGCUACCCGAUCCGCAUUCCAAAAUGUCUUCCCUGAAGAAGCUAACAGACAAGGGCGGUAACUCUGUAUACACUCACUGUAUUGACGGCCACUAUUUCCCGCCCUUCCCGCUCGAUGUCGAAUUUGCCACGCACUUGGAGAACAUUAAGAAAAUGAACAUAAGGGACGAUGACGUCAUCAUAGUGGGCUACGCUAAGUCAGGUACACACUGGAUGUGGGAGGUGGCGGGAAUGCUGGUGGCCGGAAGUACAGACUACAUCCGGCAGCUCAAGGAACACCAGUUCAUUGAGUCUAAGGAAGUGGCGGUGCUGGACGCUCUGACGUCACCCAGACUCCUCAACACACACAUGGCGUUCAGAUUCCUGCCGUCAGAGGUCGUGUCCAAGAGAACCAAGGUCAUCUACCUGUUGAGGAACCCCAAGGAUGUGGCAGUGUCCUUGUACCACCACGUCUGGGGAAUGAACAAGGAUAACUGGGUGUACAACGGGACUUGGGACGACUUCCUUGACGCCUAUCUUCAGGGAAACGUAUGGUGUGGGUCUUGGUUCGACAGUGUUUUAGACUGGGAGAAAACACGCCCUGCCCGCUCGGAAAUGCCCGUAUUUACUUUGCACUAUGAAGACAUGAAAAAGGAUCCCUUAUCAAAUGUACAACGUCUGUCGGAGUUCCUUGAGGCACCGGCAAGUUCCGAGUUCUGCCAACGAGUGGUGGAAGCAUGUAGUUUUAAGAAACUCAAGCAGGCCAAGGAUAAUAUGGAAGAAAACUUUCUGCGAGACAUAUGGAAACCCGGCUGCGAGGGCUUCUACAGGAAAGGGGAAGUUGGGGACUGGAAGAACUGGUUCACUGUGGCCCAGAACGAGAGAUUUGAUGCUGUGUAUGGAGAGAAGAUGAAACAUUCCAAAUUGAAAAUGCAGUUUGAAUAAAGUUAACAGUUAAAACUGGGAUUACCUUCAAAA